GAGGGAAAGGAUGGCGCCAAGAUGUUGCUGCGGAUGAUGAACCUGGAAGUCAAGAACAGGCAGUCGCAUCGCCGUGAAAAGCUGCUGCGUGGAGUCUUUGAUGCCUUCCUGUGCCAGGUCAAACUUGCUCAACGGGCUCGGCAGAGCUUCACCAAGGAGGAGGCGGAGGUUGUGAAUCAGGCUUUCAAGCGCUGUUCAGGACACCACCAAGAGCUCGCCAGCGAGAACGCGCUGUUUUCGUGUCUGGUGGAUCUGGGGCUCACAGGCACCUCGGUGGCUGAGAAGCAAGAGGUCUGGCGCCAGAUCUCUGUGGCCUUUGGAAACCGGGUGCCCAUCGUGGAUGAAGAGGCACAACACAGUGGGGACGUGCGGCUCAAGACCUGCGGUUCUGCCUUGGCGGUGUCGUAG